UCCCAUUCCGUCCCACUGCGUCCUGAACUCCUGAUACGUACCUAGCUGGACGAAUUAGCCAGCUAAUGAGAACUCCCGGGGUGCUUGACCUCGAUUAUAGGACGGGAAUUGUAGAGCAUAUAUGCUUCUUUCAUCACCAACACUCAACAGAGUUGUUCGAGUUCGAGAUUUGGAUUCUCUCACCGGUGAGUGCAUACUGUACUAGGACGGGAAGAGCUAAUUUAAAGGGAAGGUUUGAUUGAUGAGCUGCACUGGGCGUAAUUGAGUAUGUAGGAGUAGGAGUAGCACAUUAUUAGGAGUAUUCAUCUAGUAUAUGAUUCAGGGAUGGCAAAAAGAAAUGAUGGAGUUAUGGAUUUAUUAUUGACUUCAGAGGAGCCGUGUUGAUAGGGAUGUAAGCGGACGUCCGCAUGUCGGCAAACAGAAAAAUUCAGCUAACAUGAUUAUUUAAAGUAACGAGAAUUGGUGCAAUUUUUUGCUUCACGGACACGUCCGUCUGCAUCCCACGCGUUGAUGAACAGUAAGAAGACGACUUCCGACGACUUGAGGUUGCUAAAUGGUAGGGGCGUGUCUGGCCAUGAAGGCCCAACGGAAAGCUUAGCUUUCUCUAAUCCAUCCAGACCAUCCAAUAGUUCUUCAAGCCAUCAAGACUGCCCAAUUGUCUGUGUGAAUUGAGCGGCAGGCAGCUGCGCAUCCUUUUCCUCACCGGUCUUCACCAGUACCUCUCCUCUACUUCCAAUAAGAUGGAGAUGGAGCUCUCUUCAACCGAUGACUGAGUGGAAGCCGUGGACAGCAGGCAAAAGCCAGAGAUGGGUAUCUCAGGUGCUGUGCAAUGGUGGGAGGAGUGGCAACUGCGUGUCCUCGUCCUGGGCAGCCUCUUCGUUCAGUGGCUCCUCUUCCUCUCUGCUGCCCACCGUAAGCAUGCUAUCCCUUCCUGGUUCAGAUCCAUAAUAUGGCUUGCGUACCUAGGCAGCGAUGCUCUGGCAAUAUACGCCCUUGCCAUCCUUUUCGGACGCCAGAGGAGGCAAGAUUGUAGCUCUGGGCAGGGCAAUAGCAUCCUGGAGGUGGUGUGGGCGCCGGUUCUCCUGGCACACCUCGGUGGACAGGACUGCAUAAGUGCGUACAACAUUGAAGACAACGAGCUAUGGACACGGCAUGUCGUCACGGCCGUGUCCCAGAUCACCGUAGCCAUCUACGUGUUCUGCAAAUCGUGGCAAGGCGGCGACAAGAGGUUGUUGCAGGCAGCAAUCUUGUUCUUUGUCCCCGGGAUCCUCAAAUGCAUAGAGAAGCCCUGGGCUCUCAAGAGCGCUAGCAUUAACAGUCUAGUCAGCCCUGCUCCGAGGAGGACCACAAACAGAGAAAGCAGGAUAAACUCGCUUGAAGACUAUGUGGAAAUGGCAAGGGCUUUUGUCCAGACCAACCCUCAUCGUCAAGCACAAGAAAGUGAUGGAGUUCACCUUCAGGCUGACACCCAUGUGCCUCAAGCACAAGGAGAAGAUGAAGCAGUGGACCUUGAGGCCGAUCAUCAACCUGGAGCACAAGGAGAAGCUGCUGUGAUGGAUCUUGAGUCUGACAGCCACCCUCAGACAUCAAACAUAUGGAGAAGUGGCCUAAACCAAAUAAAUGUAAAAAUGAGAAGCCUCGGAAACCAAGAAAGGGAACAAAGAAGCCGACUUGAUGACUAUAAUAUGGACCUUGGGGCCUAUAAGCUAUUUCUGGACCAUGCAUCACCGUAUUCAGAUCGAGUUUGUAUCCUAAAAUCCUUCUGGGUGCUCGAGGGAAAACAAGCAUAUGCUUUGUUGCAAAAUAAACUAUUUGGAGCAUUUGAUCUUCUCUACACUAAAAGAAAGAUGUUCAUCUUAUGGGAUGAAAGAAGCAAGGUAAACGUAAGUAUCUUGGGGCUUCUUUCUAGCUGGUUACGGGUUUCAGCUCUGCUUCUGCCAUGGGCUGCCAUCGGCCUCUUCCACAAUAGUCACAGUGAAGCUUAUAAUGCUGACGAUGUCAAGGUUACAUAUGCCUUAUUCUACUGUACAGCCGUGCUGGAGUUUUUCAGUAUUUCUUUGAUGAGAGAAAGUAUUGCAAAGGGUCAAGUGAAAUUCAAUUUGGAAUCUCUGGUUGCUGGCCUUAUUGGUAGCCUAGUAAGUGCUCCGAGUAAUGAGGUACUGGAAACUAGCUUUGUAGGCCAAUAUACACUGGUAGGAUUCUUUGCUCGCAACAAAAGGCACAUCAAGAAGAUGUGCAUCGUGAACUUCUUCAAUUGCAAGGACUUUCUUGACCAACAUUGGUCCAUGAAGCCCUGCGACACAUCUUUUGCCAUUACAGAGUUGGUUCUUAAGUAUGUGAAGAACGGGUGGGAAGAUCAAAUGAAGGAUGUUGACAGUUAUUGGAAGUUCAAUGACCGCAGAGGCCUAUGGACACUUCAGGCCAACAAGUGCGAGCAAGACCUCGGUUGCAGCAUAAGGAGGCCAUUCGACGAGAGCAUCCUUCUCUGGCACAUCGCCACGGAUUUCUGCUUCUACUUCAUGGGAGCAUCAGCAGAUCACCGGUGUGCCACUGCUCAAUGUAUUCAAGAUGCAUCUGGUGAUGGCCAUGGGUGUGCUGUUUGGUGUGAAGGAUCUCCUCAUCACAAAAGAGCCAUCCGGUGCAGGGAAAUGUCCAAUUACAUGAUAUAUCUACUGUUUGUCAAUCCUGAGAUGCUACUGGCCGGCACCAGAAGACAUCUUUUUAUGACCGCUAAUGCUGAAGUUGAGGAGAUCCUCAUGGAUGAGAAGCCAUCGCUCAAGAAGAUUUUCAAGGCCAAAAGUCCAUGGCUCAUGGACAUCCUAAAAGGAGAAAAGCAAUGGCUUAAAGACAUCCUGACGGAAGAAAAGCAAUGGCUGAAAGACAUUUUCAGUAGCGAAGAUUCACUUCCAUGGAAGGUUCUCAAGGGCGUGUCGAAGUGGAUCGUCAGCAGCAAAGGCUCACUUUGCUGGAAGGUUAGAAACGGCCUGUCCAAAGAGAUCUUCAAGGCUGAAAAGGAAUGGCUUGAGAAGAUCGAAAGAGAACUCGUGCAGAUAAUAAUCUCCAGGGUGCAGCCCACAGAAUGCAGAGAGGUUUCUGAAUGCACAGAAUUGCCGCCGGAUGCAGAGAUAUAUCCAACUACGCAAUUUAUCCAUGAUGCAUGGAAGCUUGCUAAAGCGUUGUUGGAUCUAGGUGAUGACAACAAGAUGUGGGGAGUUAUUGAAGGCGUGUGGGUGGAGAUGCUCUGCUUCUCUGCAAGUAGAGGCCGUGGGUACCUACAUGCCAAGAGUUUGGGCACCGGUGAGGAGCUGCUCACGUAUGUGUGGCUGCUGCUGUCGUGCAUGGGGAUGGAGACCUUGCCUGAGAGGCUGCAGAGGACAGAGCUUUCAAGUGGAGAAAUAAACGGCGAUGCCACUCCGUCGACUUCACAGAUAUAUGGAAUCCAGUAUCCAGCACGCUUCAGGCGCUUAAGAUCACAUGAAGAAGAAGCUGCAGCUGCUGGCGCAUCGACCUCUCAACCCCAAGAAAUACUACCAGCUGAUUAGUCUGAGAAAUUAUUAUCUCUGUAUUGAUUAUGCAUCGAGAUAAGCCCAUGUCUAUUACCCAUCUGCCGGUCGGUUUCUUCAUUUCUUGAUCUGCAGCAGCUGUUCCUUUCUGCGGAGUUUUAAGAAAUAGCCCAGUUUGACGGCUACCACUAUGUUCAUGUGCUGUUAGAACUGCCAGAUUACCUGUUCUCUACAA